AUGAGCUCCGACACUUUUCGCCCUCGGGGCCGGCCAGCCCACACUCCGGGGACGACGACCCUAGCCUACACGCCAGAUGGGAAACGAGUGAUUACUGCUGGAUCAAACUCGGCGAUUCGCAUCUACACCGUCGACCAAGAUGGCGAGCCUAAGACUGUGGACGAGGGCAUAUUGGACGGAUAUGUUGGAAUUGGUGCCACGAAUGACUCCUUUAUUGUGGGAACUGAGACUGGUCAAGUCUGGCAGUUUGAUACCGUGUCGGGUAAGAUGGGGACUCAACUGGUCCGGUGUGCGCUGCCCGUAAGAGACGUGACCGUUUCCCAGGAUGGCCAAUGGGUUGCAGUGGCAAGCGAUGAGCUCACCGUGAAACUUGUCAAAGUCGACGACCAAACCGAGACCAAAUACCUUCGCGAUCAAUUAACAAGCGCGAAACACGUUACAUUCGACCCCAAGGGCCGCUAUGUGACCGUGUCGGCCAUAGAUGGCAUUCUCUCCGUUUAUUCACUAACGGAAGAGGAGCCGGAGUUGGUCCGCAAACUCGAUGGAGUCAUUCGAAAACUCGAGCCCGAUGCAGAGGCAUCAUCCAGAGCCGUCUGGCACCCGGACGGUACUGCAUUUGCCGUGGCGGAAGCUACUCGAGACAUUGCAGUUUAUUCAAUCUCCCACUGGAAGAAAGAAAAGAGUUUUAACGGUGGACACACGGGCGACAUCACAACACUAGCCUGGGCACCCAAUGGUACGCUCUUAGCCUCGGCUGGAGCUGACGGUCAGAUUGUGCUCUGGGAAACCCGCACUCAAACCAUUCUACACCGGUUUGAUUUUCCAAAUGUCAUCAACCUUGCAUGGCACCCAAGUGUAAACUCACUUUCGUUCACCACCUCGGAUGGAGAGUUAUUCAUCUACGAUAAAUUCGUCCCAAAGGACCAUGAGUCCCAGCUAUUGAAGCCGCUUCAGGCUGCCCCCAUCUACCCCGGUCCAUUGAAUGACAUUUCCAACAAUGUCCAGCAGACAUUGGCUGACCGGUCUAGGGAGGCGAUCAAGCGGGCAGCUCGCAUGGCGUCCCCGGAUGAGCUGGAUGAUAUUCUCGGCGAUGAUGCGGAGAUGGAGGAUAAUUUCGUCGAGGAUGACGAUGGUGCAGGAUAUGUCGACGAUUUGAAUGAGUAUGGAAAGAGACCCAGGGGUCAUUUGGAUGAUCUGGAAGGCUCUCACAGCAAGCGCAUCUCCUCUGGCGGCGUGCAACCAGAAUCCCACCCUCCUAUUCAGCCUGGUAGUACACCGUGGGCAGGUAGCAGAAGAUAUCUCUGCCUGAAUUUGACUGGUGCCGUCUGGACUGUGGAUCAAGAAACACACCACACAGUGACAGUGGAGUUUUAUGACCGAGAACUUCAUCGGGAUUUCCACUUUACGGACCCAUACCAAUAUGACAAAGCAUGCCUCAACGAGAACGGGACCCUAUUUGCCAACAGCCCAUCAGAUGGCCCUGCUACUAUCUUCUACCGACCUCAUGAGACAUGGACGACCAGGGCUGAUUGGCGAACUCAACUGCCCGAAGGAGAGGGAGUGCAAGCUAUGGCACUAAGUAAUUCUUAUAUUGUCGUUCUUACGACGAAAGACUACGUGCGAGUGUACACUUUAUUUGGGACCCCCUAUCGAGUAUACAGACAGAAGAGCCAGGCCGUAACAUGCGCCGCAUGGCGAGACUACAUCAUGACCAUCGGUAACGGCCCGGUAGGGCCUGAUGGGCGAUAUACCUCAUUGCGAUACACAAUUGAGAACGUUAAACGCGACGAAAUCUGCCAGAAUGAAGACGUUGUCGCUCUUCCAUCCGAGGUCAAGCUGCAGAGUGUUUUCUUUUCCGAUCAUGGAGAUCCGUGCAUCUACGAUACCACCGGUGUUUUACUAGUAUUGCAGCACUGGCGCACACCAGGUCAAGCCCGAUGGGUGCCUCUUCUGGACACAAAGCAACUUGCCCGAUUGGCCGCGGGUCGUAAGGAAGAGACCUACUGGCCAGUUGCCGUGGCACAAGACAAGUUCCACUGUAUCAUUCUCAAGGGUGGUGACGAGAAUCCAUACUUCCCGCGACCGCUGCUCAGCGAAUUUGAUUUCCAGGUACCCAUUUCCAGCCAUGCAGUCAGUGAUCCUGAAGAAUCAGAGGCAGUAGCGGCAGGACGCAGCGCCAGUAUGAAGUUUGAAGAGGCCUUUGUGCGAGGCAAUCUUCUUCUGUCACUCUUCCAGGACCUCUUGGAGUCUACCAAUGCGACAGCCAGCCAACGUACCGAAUUGGCGCGUAAGGAAUUGGAGAUCGACAAGACCUUGCUGCAGAUGCUGGCCAUCGAGUGCAGAGAGGGUGAGGAGCGUGGUAUGAAGGCGCUUGAACUAGUAACCAUGAUGAACGAUCGUAAUGGUAAGAUGCUUGAGGCAGCAGCCAAGGUGGCGCAACGCUAUGAACGUGGUGUCUUGGAGGAUAAGAUCCGUGAACUUGCCGAGAAAAGGAUGAUCGGUAUGGAUGAUGAUGAAUUGGCCUAG